UUGUCUGCGAGAGACCGGAACCGCACAGCAACAAUAAGUGAAUCGCAGACAGAGAAAAGGGAAUAGACUGCUAUAUCCGUGGCACUAAGGAUGGAGGAGUAUAACUCUGGAGAAGAGGUUGUCUUCAAUUCUGAUGAGGCCACUGUCUCGGUUAAAGAGUGCAUUGAAGGCGUCAUUGGUGGAACAGAUUAUAAUCUGAGUAAAGUAAACCAGUGGACGGCCAGUAUAGUGGAGCAUUCGCUGACUCACCUGGUGAAACAGGGACGGCCGUUCAAAUACAUAGUAAACUGUACCAUCAUGCAGAAGAGCGGUGCUGGUCUCCACACAGCCAACUCCUGCUACUGGGACACUGCCACUGACGGAAGCUGCACAGUCAGGUGGGAGAAUCGCACCAUGUACUGUGUGGUCAGUGUGUUUGCUGUGGCGCUGUGACCGCUGCACAGACCUGUGCACUGCUCUUUUCUUCUCACACCGUUCAUGUCUGAAGCUGCGCUUUAAAUGGCACCAUGACCAAGGAUCCUCUGGUGGAAGUUAACGUACAAGUAGCUUAUUUCUCCCCCUCCAAGCAGGAAAAACAUAACUUCAGAAUAAGAGUUGUGGUUUGUGAGUCUACAGCCUGCAUUCACAGGCGGGUUUGACUGAAAGAAAAUGUUGCUUCGAUGGGACCAGAGUCAUGGUCAGAGUGCAAGCCUGGUGGAGUACUGUGGGUAAAAAAGUAUUAUAUUAGUAUUAUAUUAGAGUAUAAUUCUUGUUUUGAGUCUUGAGAAGUGAACACUAAAUGUUGUGAUCCAUCAAUUCUUUGUUUUUAUUACAUUCCCAAAUUAACAGGACUGAACUGUUGUUGUAGAGGAAGGCUUCCUAUUUAUUAAGACAAGUAGUCAUGUUUUAGUAGAUGCCUGAUUACUAAUUUAAAGUGUUUCUGCUAGUUUGCACUAAUAUUCUUAAUAUUCAUGUUGAUCUGUAUCUGUGCAGAUAAGAGAGUGUAUUUCCAGGAUGGAGUCAUUUAAUGGUCAGCCCCAUCAACUCAUCAAGGCGCUUUUUUUUUUUUUU